CAUAACAAAUAGUUAGACUAGAAAACGAGUGUAUAAAUUCUUAUACUCGAAUAUUUUUCUUUCUUUUUCCCACACUACAAAAAUAUUUGAAAGCUUAUCAAAACAAAACUGAAAGUCAUUUGAAAAUAAAAUACAAAAGUUUAUAUGUAUUUAAAUAAUUAGAAUUUUAAGCAUUACAUAGCAAUUUUCAUAAUGCCCACCUGCGAGUUUACCUUCGAUCGUGAUACGGCGGUAUAUGUGUGUGGUGAAAAGCUAAGCGGCAGUUUGGCGGUAGCAUUCACAAAGGAGAGAUUACUUGAAGAUAUACGCAUAGACUUCAGUGGUAAGGCUACCGUUAGUUGGGUUGACACAAUGGCACGCUUUCCAAAGCUCUACUCCGCUGAGGAGACAUAUAUGGAGAUGGAAACAGUCGUUUUCCAAGGCGGCCUACUGAAGCCAAACACAUAUAAUUACAGAUUUAAUUACCUUAUACCCGAUAUAUGCCCGACAACGUGUACGACAGAUAUCGGACGCAUUUACUACGAAUUAUCUUUAAUACUGUCAUUCCUAGACAAGACACACGACAAGAAAGAAACACGUAAAUUUACACACGAAAUACUGGUGGUGCAGGUGUUUAAUAUCGAUAAAGUACCCAAUGCAUUGGUGAGUUAUAAGGUAUUAGUACAAUUAACCGAAAUUUAUUCGAAAACUAUGGUUCCGAUUCAAAACCCAAUGCAGUUACCAGUCAUACGUAACGAUGAGAUCUUCUUCUGCUGUUGGCCCUGCUCGGCCGGUCCGAUUUCGAUACAUUUGAAGACAGCAUCGGGCGCCUACAUACCCGGCAACACUAUAAACUUCUCCAUUGAAGUGAAUAAUAUGUCGAAGCGUUGCGAAUUUCGCACACAUAUCACCGCCUCCUUCAUGCAAGUCUACAAAUUCACAACGCAAGUGCCGCGUCGUCGCACGCGGUAUAUUUCGUACAUUUUGAAUAGCGUGGAACACCGCAUCAUUGUCAAAACGGAUGACAUCGCUUCGCUGGAUGAGAAAUUCGUCGUUCCGCCGCUGCCGCCUUCCACUCAGGGUACGCAUAUAAUUUCUAUUAAAUACGAGUUACGUCUAGAGACGCGCAUCAGCUAUAUCACACAAACAACGUCGGACUUGACAUUGCCCAUACUGAUAGGCACGUCGGCGGAUAUAACACCCGAGCACACGGUGAGUCCGUCAGCGGUAUACAUAAAAUAUUAUUGCAUCAUAUAUUCCUAACUGUUAUCACGCUCUUUUCUUUUAUCUAGAAUACGCUGAGGAAAAGUAGACGCUUGUAACGCCGUUAUGCCAACAAUUAUCUAUGCAAAGUUUGCGUUUAUUUUAAAUCUGUAAUACUUAUGUAUAAAGCUAAAGGAGAUACU